AGUAUAAAAAGUAUCUUCGGAGUGAGUGAGCAGAAAAUUUCUGAGUUUUUAUUUUUUUCUUAACUUUAAUUAAUCGAAAGCUAAUAAGAACUUUACUGCUUAAAGCAACAUGUUAAGACCACAGAAAUGCAAGUAACAAAGAGAUUCAGAGAGUGGCAAAUCUUUAGAGGCAAACAAAGCUUUAUAUCAGUGUUUCUGUUAACUGUGACUUCAUUUUUGACGACUGCUCACGAAAUCGUGAAGAACGAAUUCGAUAAUGUAAGUUCUGAAAUUGAUUACGUUGAGUACAACGAACCGAGAAUAUUUGCACAACCGCCUGAAAUUAAGAUUCUCAACGAAUAUGUCUUGGAAGCUGGCAUGGAAUUGAAUGCAGUUUGUAUGUCAAAACAUAGUUCAUCGCCAGCACAAAAUUUAUGGUUUUUAGAUGAUGAGAUGAUUGAAAGUGCACUUGAGUUCGAAGAUGUCAAUGUUUUUGGCAACGAAUCGACAUUAUAUUCUUUCAUUCAACUAAACAUCACAGCUGAUGAUGAUGGAAAGAAAUUGAUGUGUCAAUCUUUUCAUUCGGGACAUAAAGUCGAGUCUUUUGAAGAUUCUUUGAAACUUAGCGUCGUUUACAAACCAUUAAAACUUCCAAUAAUCUUUAUUAAUGGUUAUGAAGUUGGAAAGUCUUUUGACGUCACAAUAAACUUUCGUUCGAAUCCAAAACCUUCGACGCUGAAAUGGAUUGUUGAUAACAGGAAAAUCUACUACGGAACAAAAGCUAACAAAUGUCAAUCGAUAGAAAUAACUUCCUUAGGCAACAAUAACUGGAGAGCAGUUCUACAAAUAUCCAAUUUGACUCAUGCAGACACGCUUUUAAAUUACACGCUUCAAGUAAGAAACUCGCUUGGUGGCACGGAAUAUCAAGUAAAGUUUUCAGACGCUUCAGAAAUGACUUCUCAUGAAACUAACGAGAAAGAAAAUGAAGAAGAUUUUGAAAUAAUCGAUGGCACAACUUUCUCGGACACAAGAAGUAGUUUGGAAAUUAAUGAAAUGUUAGACGUGACCGAAACAGAUUUAUUGUCAACAGAACACAUCUCAACAACAACAGCAACAGAUGUAAACAUUCCCUUGAUACAACUUGAAACAUCAACGAUUCAAAUUGUUGAUUCUUCUCAACCACAGCCUAUGGGAACGGAACUUCCUAAAGUUGUAAUUGAUGUGACAACUUUCUUACCCGAAACGGAAGAGUCACAAAUAUUUACAGAAAAGUACAAUCAUAACAUAACAAUGAAAUUGCCAACAGAAGAUUCAUUCCCAAGAAAUGAAUUGAAUGAAUUUAUCACCCCUGAAAUGUCAACCGACGUUCCUAGUAGGUCAUUCACAUCACUCUCCCAGUCACACCCAACAAAAGGGAAAAUUUCAAAAGUUGUCAUCAUUAAGCGACCUUUUAACUUUACUUCUUUAGAUUCCACGACAGAAUCGAUGAUCACAAUUCAUCAAACAAAUAAAAUCGAUGAACUGGAAUUAUUUUUGAGUGGAAUCGUUGUCAAAGUUAUUGUCAGUUGGAAGACAUCUCUCAUGAUUCUCCUAUUUUUCCUUCUUCUAGCAUUGAUUUCCUAUCAUUUUCGUCGAAUAAGGAAACUCAAAGCGGAACUUAUCCAAAAGAAUCUUGAAAGUGCCGUCAAUCAAUCAUCUUCCUCUCGUUCAAAUCGAAAUGCUUACACACCCGCAUAUUUUCCCAGGAGAAAUAUUUUGAGUUCUUCAAAGUUUCACGAUUCAAUCAAUAGCCGUGACACUGAAUGUGAUUCAGACAUGAUAAGCCACUCCGAAUGUUGUUAUUCACAUACUUACAAUCCUAGUCUACAUUUAUAUGAAAGUAUUGACGAGUUCAGCAAUUCAAUUAGCGGUUGUCACAUCUACGCAGAGAUACCUUCAAGACAAGACUCAAUUGUCUCGAUUGAAACAGAUUUCAAUCAUAAUCACGAGUUUCAGCAAGAGAAUAAUAUUGACAGUCUUGAACAUUCUCUAGAAUAUGCAGAAGCAUUCGAUACAACGACUUCAAUUUAUUACCAAGCUUUAAUAGUAGCCGUAAGUGAAUCUGAUUUAAGAAAAUCAGAAUUGGAGUCAACAUAUAUUUGAACGAAGAAAGCUUUGUCCCUUACAUUUUAAGUAUUUACGCGCAAAAACUCCAUAAAGUAAACCUUCGAAGAGAAGUAAAAUAAAAAAACGUCUGCUGAUAAAAGCA